AUGAGCUCUCCGCAGGAGGGCCCCCAGCGGCCUCUCGAACCGCUGCCAGCAGCAGCAGCAGGAGCAGCAGGAGCAGCAGCAGCAGCAGCAGAGAAGAUCUUGUCUUGCAGCAGCUGCUGCUUCAUUCGCGAGUCUGUAGGGCGCCUGCAGCGCGCCGCUCCGGGGGGUAAGAAGGGGAAGCCCUUAAAAGAAGCAGCAGCAGCAGCAGAUGCAGCCUUGCUGCGGCUGCUUGACGAGCAGCAGCAGCAGCAGCAGCAGCAGCAGGAGUUGCAGUUGCAACGGGGCGGAGCAGAGAGUGCAGCAGCAGCAGCAGGGUCUGUUCCUGUGUCUCUCUUUGCUUCGCUUUGUGCUGCUCCUGUAUGUAGGGUUAUUACAAUUUGUUUGUCUCAACCCGGCAGCAAACUGCAGCUGCAGCAGCAGGCGCUGCAGCUAGCUCAGCUGCUGCUGUCUCUGGGGGCCCUCCCCUCCGCAGCAGCAGCACCUGCAGCAGCAGCAGCAGCAGAUGCACCAAUCCAGACCGGCAACGCGCUGCAGCAGCCACCACCUGCAGCAGCAGCAGCUGCUGCUGCUGGUGCUGCUGCUACUGCUGGUGCUGCAGCCGAGGAGCAGCAACAGCAUCAGGUUGCUCCGGCUGGUUCGCUUUCAGCAUCGUCAUCAUCAUCAGCAGCAGCAGCAUCAGCAGCAGCAGCAGCAGCAGCAGGAGAAGCAGCAGAAGGCACAGUGGAGCAUCUGAUAGCAGCAAUAUGCCGCAUUGCUGCUGCAGCAGACGACGUGCUGCUGCAGCAGCAAGCAGCGCGGUGUCUGCUCACCUCGCUUUCUUCUUCAUCUCCUCCUCUUCAUGGAAUUCACUUGCUGCAAGUAUUUGCUGCUCUCUUCUCGGGUUGUGCUGCUGCAGCAGCAGCAGCAGCAGCAACAAACGCCAGCAAAGCAGCACAUACUGCGCUGCUGCAAGCCCUUGGGGAGCUCCUCCACAGGGCAGACGCAGCAGCAGCAGCUGCUGCUGCUCCUCCUCCUCCUGCUGCUGCUGCCGCUUCUGAGGCCGAGGCAGAGGCGAGUGCAGCAGCAGCAGCAGCGGCAGCAGCAAAUGGGGAAGCUGCAGCAGCAGAAGCCCCAACAGAGACGGAAGCAGCUGCAGCAGCAACAGCAGCAGGAGCUGCGAAGUCGCUGCAUACUUCAGCAGUAGAACGAGUGAAUGCUGCUGCUACUGCUGCAGGAGACACCCCACCAGCAGCAGCACCAGCUGCUGCAGCAACAGGAGCUGCAGCAGCAGAUGCAACAGCAGUAGCGAGAGAGGCUGAGGAGUCCUCUCUAUGUGAUAAGAUAAGCCCAGCAGCAAAAGCAGCAGCAGCAACAGCUGCUGCUGCGGCUGCUGCUGCUGCUGCUGCUGCUGUUGCUGCUGCUGAAGCAGAGGACACGCCUGCAGCAGGAGCAGAAACAGAAGCAACAUCAGCAACAACAGCGACAGCAAUAGACACCCCACGAGCACCACAAUCUCCAGCAGCAGCAGCAGAAGCAGCAGCAGAUAUCCCUGCAAGUUCACCCGAGUCGUUUGAAUCCUACGCAGCAGCAACAGAAGCAGCAGCAGCAGCAGCAGCAGCAGCAGCAAAAGCAGCAGCAGAAAGGGGGGCAGCUGCGCCAGCAUCGCCUGACGGCCCGCUGCGUCACCGCAGCAACAGCAGCACCAACAUAGGCAGCAGCAGCAUCAGCAGCAGCAUCAGCAGCAGCAUCAGUAGCAGCAGCAGUAGCAUCAGCAGCAGCAGCAGCAGCAGCAGCAAGAUGGGUGCAUGUCUUGUGAUGGCGAGAGAGGUAGAGGAUUUGCUGCUGCUGCUGCAGGCCUUCAGCCGCAUAGCAGCAGGCGGGCGCAUCAGCAGCACAAAUGAAAAAGUCUUCAUUUGUUAUGGUGCUGCAGCAGCAAACAAAACCGGCAGCUCUCGCUGCAGACAGCUGGCUCUAGAAAUGAUAUUAACGCUCCUCAAGGGCAUGCCGAGUUCUUUGUGGCAGCAUCAGGGUUUGCUGCUGCUGCUGCAGCAGCAGCUGCUGCGAGCUCUUGAAAGGAGCAUCAAAGACGCAGCUGCAUGCAGCCUUUCUCUAGACAUCGUUAUUUGCCUUGCGGAGGCAGCAGAGGGGCCCCUGGGUCUGAACUUGUGCUGCUUCGUGGGUAAUGCGGUGCUGCCGCUGCUGCUACCUCCGCAGCAGCAGCAGCAGCAGGUGCAGCAGCAGCAGCAGCAGGUGCAGCAGCAGCAGCAGGCGCAGCAGCAGCAGCAUUUGCUGCAGCAGCAGCUGUGUGUGGUGCAGUUUCUCGGGCGUCUACGUAACGACAGCAGCAGCAGCAGCACGGCAGCAGCAGCAGCAGCCGUUGCUGCUGCUGCAGCAGCAGCUGCGAGCAGCAGCAGCAGACACGUUGCUGAAGUUGGUGGUGUCGCUGAAGGAUUGGCGCCAGUCGCAGCAAGAAGAAGCAGCAGAAAUGCAUGCGAAAACAAAAACAAAAACAAAGAUGAAAAUUAA